AUGUCGUUCAGAGGUGCGCCCAGAGGAAGGGGCGGUUUUGGCGGUUUCGGCGGUGGUCGCGGUGGUGGUCGCGGCGGCGGCGGUGGCUUCGGACAACGCGACUUCGGUCCACCAGCCCAGAUCCUCGAGCUCGGCUCCUUCAUGCACUCGUGCGAGGGCGAGAUGGUCUGCGAGUCCACCAACCCCAAGAUCCCACACUUCAACGCCCAGGUCUUCCUCGAGAACAAGACUGCCGUCGGAAAGCUCGACGAGGUCCUCGGCCCCAUCAACCAGCUUUACUUCACCAUCAAGCCCUCCGAAGGCAUCCAGGCCACCAGCUUCAAGACCGGUGACAAGUUCUUCAUUGGCAGCGAGAAGCUGCUGCCUCUCGAGAAGUUCCUGCCCAAGCCCAAGCCCCCGCCAGGUGCUCCCAAGGUCAAGAAGUCCCGCGGUGGUGCCGGUGGCUUCGGCAGAGGUGGCCCCAUCCGAGGUGGUGGCCGCGGCGGACGCGGUGCUCCUGGCGGCUUCUCCAGAGGUGGAGGCCGUGGUGGUAGCGGAUUCGGUGCUAGAGGAGGCGGCCGAGGCGGCAGUGGCGGCUUCAGCAGGGGUGGUGGCGGCGGCGGCUUCAGCAGAGGUGGCCGCGGCGGUGGUGGUGGUGGAUUCGGUGGAAGAGGAGGUGGUGGUUUCAGCCGAGGUGGUCGGGGAGGAUACUAA